AUGUCUGACAACAAGCCGACCGGAAAGUGGGCCAACCCGGCCUUCCUCAAAAGCCUCGUCCUUGGACUCUACGGCGAGCUGAAGCAUGGCGGUCUCCCGCAGGAGGCCAAGGACCGUGUUGAGGCGAAGCUCCAUCGCGAUGGCUUCGAGGACACUACCUGGGAUGCCAAACACUACACGAACGCAAUCACAAUGUCUGAGAAGUCUGCUCCCGGCGGCAAGUGGGCCAAUCCGGCCCUCCUUGAGGCUCUUGCCAUGGGCUUCCAUAGCAUUGCCAAGGGCGAAGGCCUUACGAAGGAAGCUAAGGACUCCGUCAUCCUGAAGAUCCAUGCCUAUGGCUUCACGGAUAUCACCUGGGAGGCUGUUCGGAUGGCUCCAGUCACCGUGUGGAACGAUGAGGCCCGAUCUGACCUUCUGGUCGCGCUUCUGUCGGUCAUCAAGCCCUCCAAGGAGGACUGGGAUCGCGUUCUUCCUAUAGUCCAUGCCAAGGGCUAUGUCUACAACUCCAACGCUGUCUUGCAGCACAUACAGAAGCUCCAUCGCAAGGAGCUCACCGCUGGCGACGGUGGCGACGGCGAGGCGUCUAGCUCUGCGACUCCUCAGAAGAAGGCCGCCACUCCCAAGAAGGCCGCCACCCCAAAGAAGGCCGCCACCCCAAAGAAGCGUAAGACUCCCCAGAAGUCUAAGGCCAAGGUCAACUCGGAGGACUCGGAGGAUGAGGCGGAUGAGGAGGAGGAGCAGGAGGCUCCUCCCCCCAAGAAGCCGCGCACCCCUGCGCGCCCCAGCAUGAAGGAUGAAGUCCACGAGGACACCAAGGCCACCAGCACCAAGUUCGUCCCCGUCAACAACGACAUCUAGAUGCAUCUUUCGACCCCCCAACACAUCGAUUCGACCACAGCAACAUGGCAUUUCUGGGACGGUUUACUGGCUUUUCUGGAGUUUGAUAUGGCAGGCUUGGAUGAGUGAUACGAGGGGUUGGCAAUUUUGAAGAUCAUUGGGAUUGGCUCAGGUCUGGAAGCUAUUCACCUUACUGCACAAAGCAUUUUGACACAGGUUAUGAGAUACCUGAGAAUUCGGAAAAGCUACAUUGAGAAUUGAG